GCUCUCGGGGAGCUGUGUCGCCCUGCGCCAUGCUCGCUGCAAGGCAUCUUUAGCCCAAAGGAUCCCGGCUGAAGCGCUCAGCCGUGGCGGCUUCGAAGUCACCCCGAGGCACGUGGAGGCCUAUCGAGAAGACGGUGUUGUCCACCUGCCUGGCGUUUUCAGCCAAGAGUGGGUGCGCUACUUGCAAGGCGCUUUCCACGAAGGAAUGCAACGACCAGGCAAACACGCCGAGUUCAUUGCUCCUGGUACUACUUGGGACACCAUGUUCCAGCAGGAUGCCCAAAUGCGCGAUGUGGAGAUGUUUCAGGAUCAGGUCUUCUUCCAGGAGACAGAAGACAGACUUCCGGAUUGGCAGCCUGUCAUCCGCUC